CUUUUCGUUUCUAAAAAAUUCAAAAUGGCGUCAGUGACACAUUCGAGGCUGUCAAAUCAGCUUGGGAUACGCCUAAAGUUUACUCUUUUUUAAUUGAUAUUUAUAAAGAAAAUACAAUAAUAUGAAUACAGUACGAAUUAACAAUCUAAUCACGAAGGCUGUAAACUAGAUCAUAGAGAAUUAAAAUGGAAGCAAUAGUGGAAUACAACUAUGUGGCUCAAGAGCCUGAUGAAUUGACCCUGAAAAAAGGAGACGUCAUUAAAGAUAUCAAAAUGUCACAUGGAGGUUGGUGGGAAGGAACAUUGAAGGAUAAACGCGGCAUGUUUCCCGACAAUUUUGUCAAGGUUUUGGAACCGUCGGUGGGAUCAGCAACAGGAACGCUGGCUGGAAAUCGAACAAAUACAGGAAUUGGUGAAGGUAGCUCGAGUUCGAAAUGUAAUGAUGAUGUGACACUACGUAAUGGAGGAUCGGGAAGACGUUAUUGUCGUGUUUUAUUUAGUUAUGAACCAUGUAAUGGCGAUGAAUUGAAACUUGUACCCAAUGAUAAUGUUGAAUUUUUGGGUGAAGUUGAAGAAGGCUGGUGGCGUGGAAGACUUAAUCGACGUGUUGGCGUUUUUCCCUCAAAUUUCGUGAGUCCUCCAUCUCAUGAGGAAACGACAAAGACUAAAGAAAAGGAUGCUGAUGAAUUAUGUCGAGUUCUAUUUCCCUACGAGUCAACGAACGAAGAUGAAUUGACAGUUGUAGAAGGCGAUAUAAUUAAAUUAAUCUCACGAGACGCUCCCGAUAAGGGAUGGUGGCAAGGUUCACUUAGAGGACAAAUAGGAUUAUUUCCCGAUAAUUUUGUUGAAGUUAUAAGUUCAAAAAAUGACCAAGAACAUGAUCAAUGUCAAGAGGCAAAUCAAAUCGGGUCAAAAAUUAAGCACUCAAUAAAACGAACUGAAAAAGCGCACAGAAAAAGUCUAGAUUCUAAGACCGCUAAGACAGAUACAGUUGGUAAGAAAGUAUCGUCACCAUCUUCACCUCCAGGAAGCGGAAGUAGUGAUAAAAAGUCUAUUUUAUCUAGUUUAAAACGCCUCGUAGGCGACAAUGGCAGUAGUAAUAAUAAUAAUGGAAACGGAAGCGUAAGUAUGGGUUUAGAGGAAGAAUUGGACGGCGUUGAACGAGGAGAAGGUUUACCUCUUUCACAUUUGACGGCCUCCAGAGCUAAAGCCCCACGAAGACGACCUCCUACUACUCAACAUUUACGACACACGGCUGCAUCUUCAAUUACUUCAUUAACUACUUCAGGAACUGCUGUCAACGUAGAGGAUAAUAUGACGAAUGGAAAUUCUGAAAAUUCGACCGAACCACUUAGAGAAGAUGAUGGCGAUGGUCCAAUAGGAAAACGAAAGCCACCAUGGGUGGAUGAGUUAAAGCAAAAUCAAUUGGAAAGAAAAAAGCAUGGAAUUGAUCGAGUGGAUAAAAGCGAAGUCAAAAAGGAAAGAAUAAUUACAAGUUUUCAACGACUACGAACAUCGACAAAUGUGGCGGAAGUUGGCAUAAAGCCGGAGACAGGUACUGAAGAGAAAUCGAAAGAAAAUGAAAAAGCAACUCCAACAGAAUCGUCAAAUCAUAUUUUGUCGACUACUGCAAAUACCACACAACCAGCCUUUGUUCCGUAUCAUUUAUAUAGCCAACUUUUAGAUAGGGUCGGUGUAAUGGAGGAAAAACAAAUAAUGCUACAAAGAACCGUAAAUCAACUUUCUGAAAAGUUGUCUUCAUUGAUGUCCAACAGUUCAACAAAUGAGGAAUAAUUUUAAAACGGAUUGCUCUCCAUUUUUAUUCCCUCCCUUCAUUUCGAAUGACAAAAUUGGUUGUCGCUGUAAGUAACCUAACGUUUAGUAAUUGUUAUAUAUUAUACAUAUAAAUAUAUAUAUAUAUUCAUACAUAUAUAUAUAUUUAUUAAUAUUGAAAGCAAAUCGGGAUGAAAUUUUACUAAUUGCAUUUAAAUCGAAGACUUAUCUUAAACGCAACAUUCCAAGUAACAUUCUAUUAUUUCAAACAUUUUUAAUCAAUAUAUAUAAUUGACGACUUUUUUUGCGUAUAGAAAGAAAAAAACGAAUAUUUUUUAAAAUUAUGCAUGGUGGUAAUUGAAACAAAAGAAAACCGAAUAUUGAAACUACGCAAAAAAGAAAGAAAUUCGGUUAGUGAUUUGUAAGUACUUUGUAAGUAAAUUAAAAAAAAUUUAUUGACCAUAAGAAGCAAUUUUAAGAAAUUAGUACUGUAAGUUUCUUUGACUCGUUGUGCCAACACGUUCCGAGUUCUCAGUUUUUUUAACAGACAAAUCACGAAUAUGUAAUUAAAAAAGAAACAAAUUAAAUUACAAUUCAACUUGAAAAAAUGUGAAAUUAAUCAAAUUUAGUAACAAUUUCUUUUUUAAGAGAAUGAAUUUUAAUUAACUUCUAGUCGUAUUUAACGAAAUUUUGAUUGAAAAUAAUUUUAUAGAAAUAAUUCUUGGAAGAAAAUUUUUAACUUAUUUCUAAUACUAUUAAUUAAACUAAUGAAAAAGAAAUAAUUGCAUUUCGUUUUGUCCGGUGAUUAGAGUAAGAAAUUGUGAUUUAGUAGAUCUGAGCAAGAGUAAUGUACAGAAAGAGAAAGAAAGAAAAAGGAAAUAACCUUUUAAAAAAAAUUAAAUUCUCAGAUCAACGUAAAAAUAAAAAUAAAAUGACGAAAAGAGAUUGAUUUCACAAAGAAUGAUCAUGAUAUAAAAGAAAAUAUCGUUGCGAUGAAAUUGCUUUAUAAAAAAAAAAAAAAAUGAUAUAAACAUAAUAAUUUUUUUCUUAUUUUAUAAUUCUGAUCUGUAUAUAUUUAAACACCGAGCCAUUAUUCCAAAAAUCAUGGAAAAAAAAUAUAUAUAUAUAUUCCUGCGCUUUGUUAUGGUUUUACAUGGUGCUGUCAGAAAAAAAAUAUAGUUGUUAAAAAUAAUAAUAAUUAUUAUUAAUAAUAAUUAAUGAAACAAAACAAAUAUUAAUAAAUACAUAAUAAAUAAUGUGAAAAAAACAUAAUCGCAAAGAAUACAUAAUCAUAAUGAAAAGCAUCAAUGUGCAAUAAAAGCUUUUUAUAUCGCGAGCAGGUAUUUUGCUAUUCGACCAAUACUUUUUUCAAUAGACCAAUUAUCUUUCACCUGAAAUCAAUCAUUUUGUACUUUUAUAGAAUGAGAAUCGUAUUUUCAUUAAAUCAGAUUUAAUUUAUUUAUGUAAGAACUAAACACUUUUUUAUCAAAGUGAUAUGACAAAUAUCGUACAAAUUUGUCUUGUUAAACUACAAAAAAAAUUUUUUUGUCUAGAUAAACUUAAUAACAAUUCGUCUUAACGUAAUAUAAAUUUUAUUUUAGAGUUGUUACAUAAAAGUAAAUCAACUCUUGAUGUUGUGCAUAAUAAUCUAAUAACUAAAUAAAAAUAGAAAAUAUCCCACGAAUACUAUUUUUUAUAUUAAAAUUUUCCUGUAUAAAUACUUGAAUUAACAAUUUUGGGUUUUAUUAAUUGUUUAAAUAUUUAAAUUAAAAUUUUUGAGUUUGAUGGAUUUUUAAAAAUUAUUAUUUUCUAUUUAAAUAGAUGUUCUUUUUUAAUUUCGAUAGUUUUAAUGUUUUUAUACAAAUUUCUAAAAUACAAUAUAAAAUGAAUUUCAUUAACAUUUUUAAUACUCCAAAUUAUAAUUUAUGUUAAGUAAGAAAAACUUACAUUUUAAUGGUAUUAUUUAGUCUAUAAUAUUAUUUAUUAAAUUUUUAUUUUUAUUAAAUAUAUAAUCAUUUUUUUUACAGUUGGUAUAAAAUGAGUAAAUAUUCUUUUUGUGUAUUUUAAAAAUGUGUAUAUAAACAUUUUAGAAAAGUACAGAUGAAGCUCGUUUAUUUGAAAAUCAAUUGAAUUUAAAUUAUCGAGGUUCUACUGUAUUAUGGAAAUUAAAAUUGGAAUUUAAAAAUAGUUCAUUUUUAAUUAACACUUCUUAUUCAGGGAACAAUACCGGCUAUAUUUUUUGCAAAAAAAAGCAAUUUGUACAAAUGUAUCAAGAGUCGAUUUAAUUAAAUAUAGUAUAUUUACUGCUUGCUUCCGAUAAUUGCUGUGUAAUUAAUAUUAUACUGGGAAUUCGGUCCCUUGCAUUUUCGUGAUAUUCCAUUAAUACGAGUCUUAAAAAUAAAAUAAAUAAUGUUGGGUGCAGCUUACAAAUCUACGUUAAUAUUAUAUAUUAUAUUACCAUAGUAUAAUAUUAUAUAAGUUAAUGUCUGAAUUAACGUUUGUGAAAAAUUCAGACAUUACUGAUUUAAUCUUUUUUUUUUUAAAAAAAAAAAAAAAGGUUCUAGAUUUUUAAGAGCAAACACUAAAAACAACGUUGAGGAUUGUGGAUUUAAGAUAAAGAGAAAGAAAAAGAAAAGAAAAUUGAAACCUAUAUGUAUAUAGCGUAUAUCUAGAAAUAAAAUGGAUUUUAUAUUUUCUCUCGUUUCUCUCAUCGAGUCAAUGUUAGGCAUAUUGUGCCAAGACUUAAAACUCGUGUGUGCAUUUGUAUAUAUUUUAUUUGAAUAUAAAAAAUUUUUUUUUUCUUUA